AUGGAAAGGUUGAGGCGGUUAGUACAUCGACGGCAAGGUACUCCCUCGACUGCUGCUGCUCCCUCGACUGCUGCUGCUCCCUCGACUGCUGCUGCUCCCUCGACUGCUGCUGCUCCCUCGACUGCUGCUGCUCCCUCGACUGCUGCUGCUCGCUCGACUGCUGCUCACCCGACAUCUCCACCACCGAAUGCUUCUAUCAGCACCCUUCCUAAAUCGAGUCCUACCCUUCCUUGGUCCUCAGAAUCGUUAUGGAGAGAUGCAUACGAAACGCUGAAACAACGAGAACCUCGACUGGUGCAACCUUUUGAACAGCUCUCUGCUACUGGCAUCACUUCAGUACAUCAAAUACAUUCUGUUGUUCAAGCAAGAUUGGACAGACGAGAAGACCGCCAGUGGAUUGUCGCUAUUGCUGGCAAGCCUGUUAAAGUCCGAGAACAUGGAGAACGCCUUGUUAAGUUCAUUCUAUGGAGCAAGGACAUUGUGGCCAGCGCUGUUAGUACUCAACCAUAUAUGGCGCUAGCGUGGUCGGGCAUCACAAUGUUGUUACCGUUGGCCUUAGCCUCAGGUGAAGAGAGCGAUGCUAUGAUAGAAGUGCUUGAACACAUCGCUUCGUUGAUAAGGCUGUACGAUAUACGGACUCGUUUACUCAGUGGAACUACCGCGGACGAAUACCGCAGUGCAGUUACACAGCUAUACUCUCAUAUUCUCGAAUAUCAAGCGUCCAUGUACUGUCAGAAGCAUGAAGCUUUGUUGAACAAAGAGGAUGAAAGAGCACAGUGGGAGCAACAAACCAGCACCAUGGAGAAGUCUGGCAAGAUCCAACAACAGAUCCUCGACGCCGUGCGCGAUGUCCUUGCCACUCGCGCUGCCGACAGGGAGGACGAUCUUCGACGAGACAUACUUCAUUGUCUGGCUGCCGAUUACGCUGGACAGAAAAUUUCAAUCCGAGACGUGUGCCCGGCACCUGUCGAUGGUUCCUUGAUGAUCCUCGUUUCCAUCGAUGGCGCGAUUCUAGAGAACCAAGCCUGCUUUGGCUCUCGACCGGCCCCGGCUGUGGCAAUGUACUAUUUCUUUUUCAAAGAUGGCCUCGAGCGGCGACAACGGGGAGAGGACGCAUUAUGUGGUAUCCUCCACCAGCUGUAUUCGCAAAAUCUGGCAUCGGGCUUGAUUAGCCACGCGUACCAGCCUUUCAAGUCAAAUGGACCCGGACUAUGUUCAAUGUUCUAUCCUCUGUGGAACCUACUCAUGACAACAGCCGGUGAUACAUCGUCAGGAGAAGUAAUCUGUCUCUUGAAUGCUUUGGAUGAAUGUGAAGCGGAUGCCAGACAUGGUCCUAAGGCACCUCGAAUCAAAUUCCUCAUCACGAGUCGUCCAAAUUACGAUAAUAACGGAAAGUUUCCUCUUCUAGACCCCCUGGUCAACUUCAUUGAAUUUGCAGGAGACGACCGAUCCGACCUUAUCAGCCAAGAGAUCAAUCUUGUUAUCGACCAGCGCAUACCAGAAGUGGUUCCCCGACUCGACUUUGCAUCUCGUUGCCUCCUUUCAAAUCAUUUGAAGGGAAUGCAGCAUCGGACAUAUCUGUGGCUGCAUUUGGUAAUGGAGGAGAUUCGACUUCGAUUUCCCAGUCAUGCAACAGUGAAACGGAUUGAGACUCUGCUACAGCAACUUCCCACAUCUGUCGCCGAAGCAUACGAAAACAUCCUCGAUCGAAGUCUUGACCCACAAGCUGCUCGCAUUAUCUUGCAGAUCGUUCUGGCGGCCACACGUCCUCUGACGGUUGACGAGAUGGCCGUCGCAGUAGCGAUAGCAAGAACGAAGGGCGUUCGGUCAUAUGAAGAUCUUGAUCUCGACCCUGAAGAUAUCCGAAAGUCUAAUCUUCGGAAUGUAUGCGGAUUCUUUAUCAGCAUCAGUGAUUCCAAGGUAUCUCUCAUUCACCAGACCGCCCGUGACUUUCUCCUCAGAUCAAACAUAAAGAAUGGCACCGACAGUACGUCGUCCGUUUCGAGGAAGAAAUGGCACCGUUCUCUGGACUUAGUCUCAGCUGAACAUACUGUUGCCCAAAUUUGCAUCGCACUACUUCUUUUCGAUGUUUUUCAAACGAGAAUGCCGUGGUCGGAUUACCAUGAGGAAAGAUACCAGUGGCAAGACCUAUACCAAAACCACAUUUCCAGUUAUCCACUGCUCAACUAUGCUUCUACAAGAUGGCCUGAGCAUUAUCGGGCGUCCCAGCACAUGUCAGUGGAUGGAGAGAUUGGUUCAGUUCUGUCAAUCUGUGAUGUUCGUCAGAGCUACUUUCAGACGUGGUUUCCUGUUUACUGGUACUCAGCAAAGUGGGGAAAUAGGCCUUGGGUGACUACUCUGGUCGUUGCAAGUACCUUUGGUCUCACCGCGGUAGUGAAAAAAAUCCUCGUUCUUGCAACUCAGGGCGAACGCGAUGAGGAGGCAGCUCGUCGGGCCAUGAUGUUAGGGGACUUGAUUGACGAACCAAGUCAAUACUACGGCAAUGCGCUGCAAGCAGCGUCCAUGGUAGGCCACGUGGAGGUGGUCAAGCUGCUCGUGGACUCGGGCGCCGAGGUGAACGCCCAGGGUGGAUACUACGGCAAUGCGUUGCAAGCAGCGUUAGUCCGAGGCCACGUCGAGGUGGUCAAGCUGCUCAUGGACUCGGGCGCCGAAGUGAACGCGCGAGGUGGAGAGUACGGCAAUGCGUUGCAUGCAGCGUCCAUGGGAGGCCACGUCGACGUGGUGAAGCUGCUCGUAGACUCGGGCGCCGAAGUGAACGCGCGAGGUGGAUUCUACGGCAAUGCGCUGCAAGCAGCGUCAUGGGGAGGCCACGUCGAGGUGGUCAAGCUGCGCUUGGACUCGGGCGCCGAGGUGAACGCGCAGGGUGGAUUCUACGGCAAUGCGUUGCAAGCAGCGUCCAUGGAAGGCGACCUCGAGGUGGUCAAGCUGCUGGUGGACAAUGGCGCCGUCAAUAGCCAAACUUAA